UAAGGAUGACCAACACCUUUUUUUUUUUAGAUCGCUCAAAAGCUCCAGUCCUUUUGGGGUUUCCUGAAUGCACACACAAACCACAAUAAAUGGAUUCAGUCUCCAGGGUAAAGCCCUUUUGCUGUCUCUUCAAGCGCAAAUGGCCAGCUUUCAAUCACUACUCUCCAACAUUUUAUAGUUGGUCUGGGCUGCCUGGUGUCAGACAGCCGCCAUGUCGCUUUUUCGCAAAAUCAUCAGUUGUGAGACGGAAAUUGGAUCAAGAAACUCUUUGGCGACAUAGAACAGACCACUUCUCCAGCGAUUUAUCGCAAGCCUUGAUGGCACAUCCCAUGGUUUCUGCUGCAGAUCUACGGUCGCGGCGAGAACGACCACGGGGAGUGAAGAUGCUAACCCGGGACUUCAUUGAAGAUAGUCUGUACAACCCCUAUUAUGGCUAUUUCUCCAAGCAUGCGACAAUUUUCACUCCCGGAGAACCUUUCGAUUUCAAUAAUAUCGACGAUGGCCCAGCGUUCAACCGCCUGGUCGACCAAAGGUACGCCGAAUUUGAAGACAAGCUGGAUGCGGUUACGCCAAACCACACCCGCCAGCUCUGGCAUACACCGACUGAGCUCUUUCGGCCUUAUUAUGGAGAGGCCAUUGCGCGGUAUCUUGUUACGAAUUACAAGUUGACAUUGUUUCCGUAUCAUGAUCUGAUAAUAUACGAAAUGGGGGCGGGCAAUGGUACCUUGAUGCUUAACAUUCUUGACUACAUCCGGGAGGUUGACCCCGAAGUGUAUCAGCGAACCAAGUUCAAAAUAAUUGAAAUUUCCUCUCAUCUCGCAGAUACACAACAGAAAACCCUAAACGGAUCGAUCUAUGACGAUGGCCAUCGUGGCCAUGUUGAAAUCAUAAAUCGCUCCAUAUUUGAAUGGGACACUUACGUCCAUUCCCCGUGCUUUUUCCUUGCCCUUGAAGUUUUUGAUAAUUUCGCGCACGAUGCAAUUCGAUACGACCUGCAAACAGGCCAGCCUCGACAAGGAUGUGUUCUAGUUGAUUCCGAUGGUGAAUUCUAUGAGUACUACGUUGCUAAUCUAGACCGUUCUGCGUCUCGAUUUCUGCGCAUUAGACAAGCGGCUGCCCGCCGGCCAUUCUCCACUCCACUACGUUCGCGCAUGUGGAGGACUAUCCAAUCCUCGUUUCCAUUCGCCGCCAACAUGACAUUACCAGAAUACAUACCCACAAGACUGAUGGAGUUUUUCUACAUAUUACACAAUUACUUUCCUGCCCAUCGGCUUGUUGCUAGCGAUUUUGACAGUCUUCCAGAUACAACACCCGGUUAUAACGCGCCUGUAGUACAAACACGAUAUCAACGAAGAACUGUUCAAGUCAUGACCCCUUAUGUAAGUGGGUCCGUCUUCAGGAACAUUUUCGAGUCAAAUCUGCUAUGUAAUAGCUUCGGGGCUUCUAGCUGAUUAUUUAACUAGGUCCACCAAGGCUAUUUUGAUAUAUUUUUCCCGACAGAUUUCACUGUAAUUGAAGAUGUGUACCGUGCUAUCACUGGGAAGUUGACUCGGCUAUCCACCCACGAAGAUUUUAUGAGGCGAUGGGCAUAUGCGGAGGAUACACAGGCCAAAAGUGGUGAGAAUCUGCUUUUAACAUGGUAUAAGAAUGCCAGUGUGCUUGUUACAGUAUGAAAUCAUCAGGUGAAAGCAUACAAAUGCGCAAGAUAUAUUUAAGGCUUUAGUUAUGGAGCGACUACCUCUAAUAAUCAAGAGGGAAUCUGAAUUGCCCCAAAAGGCUACAAUUGUACUGGGCCCAGAG